UGACGUAGCCGACCAAUCAGUCCCGCCGCUACCUCCUAGCAACGGACUGUUGACAUUUGGCCCCAACAGGCUUAGCGCAGUUGACAGCAGCUCCUCCGGACAGCGGCAACGUCGAUGCACCUCAUUCACAUAAACCGCUUUCGACAACUCAAGGAAACAGUCUUUCAGUUGUUGGAAGCCACCAUGGAUCAACGACUGUACAACAGCCUCCGCGCCUCUACUGCAUCUGCGCCUUCGCUCCGCGCGAGCGAACCCAUCGGACUAAUGGCACCACCACCCAUGGUGGACGAUCCGGGAAAUGUAAAAGUCGUUGUGCGCUGCAGGGCAUUUCUGCGACGAGAGCGAGAAAAGGGCACUCAAUGCCUGAUUCGUAUGGAUCCUGCGACAAACAAGACAACCCUUCAUGCUCCUCUCGAGGAUGAAGAGAAUGCAAACGCCUCGCGUCGGGUUUACGAAGACAAAGAGUUCACAUUUGACAAAUCGUUCUGGUCCCACGAUGAAUCCGAUCCCCACUACGCACACCAGGAAGAUGUCUACCGGUCGUUCGGAGAAGAGUUCUUGGACCACAACUUCAAUGGAUACCAUACCUGCAUCUUUGCUUACGGUCAGACGGGUUCUGGAAAGAGUUACACUAUGAUGGGAUCACCAGAGAAUCCGGGACUUAUACCACGGACCUGCGAGGAGUUGUUCGAGCGCAUAAGGGACGAGCCCACCCCAAACACCAGCUACCACGUCCAGGUUUCCUACUUUGAGGUAUAUAACGAACACGUUCGUGAUUUGCUUGUGCCCCGGACAGCUCUUCCCAACUACCUCAAGAUCCGCGACUCUCCCAAGGAUGGCGUGUAUGUCCAAGGAUUGACUGAGGUGGAAGUCAAAGGCUACAGUGACGUGGAGCGUUUGUUCAAGCUGGGCGACUUGAGUCGCACCACUGCUUCGACCAAAAUGAACGAUACCUCCUCCCGAUCGCAUGCCGUGUUCACGAUCCGUCUCAAGCAGAUCACCCAUUCCUUACUUUCCGACGAAACUAUCGAACGCACAGCCCGUAUGCGACUCGUGGAUUUGGCGGGUUCUGAGCGUGCGAAAUCUACCGAGGCUACUGGGCAACGUCUGAAAGAAGGUGGUCAGAUCAACAAGUCUCUGACCACACUUGGUCGUGUCAUCGCGGCCUUGUCGGACCCAAAGCGACAAAAUGCUAAAGGGCGAAGACCUAGAGAAGUAGUACCAUAUCGAGACUCGGUUCUCACCUGGCUACUCAGAGACAGUCUCGGUGGAAACAGCAAAACAGCCAUGGUGGCCUGUAUUGCGCCCGCAGAUUAUGACGAAACACUAUCCACCCUACGAUACGCUGAUCAGGCCAAGAAGAUCCGUACACGUGCUUCAGUCAACCAAGAUUGCAUGUCUGCUGCUCAGCGUGAUGCGCAAAUCACGGAAAUGGCGGAACAGAUUCGGUCGCUACAGGUCAGCGUGAAUGCUGCAAGUCAGCGCAAACGAGAAGAAGCCACCGAACUUGAGGAGUAUCAGCGACAGGUCGCUCUCAUGCAUCGUCUCAUGGAGGAAAACCGCCAAAUGUCGGACUGCAAGAUCAAGUCGCUUAGCGCCGAAGUGGAGGAACUGCGUCCGGCCAAUAUAGCACUUCGGUCGGAGAUUGAGUCUCUCAAACGCCACUUGUCUCUCGCUCUGGGAGAGUUGAAGAAUCCCAUCGUACUCCCUCCGCCGCUGCCAGGCUCGCCUGAUGUGGAGGAGGAUGACUUCAUCCGAGUGAACAAGCGCGGGCUCGACCUCGGCGAGGAUGGUAAAGAAAACAUCCAAAUACACCCCGAUGAGGAAGAAUUGAGUGAUGAUGACUCAGACUCAGGAUACGAUGAAGGCGAUCACGACGAGCUUGCUCAAGAACUGCAGAACGAAGCUCAGGCGUUCUUGCAGGAUCUCGGUAUGUUUCGAAGAAAGGUUGGAAGCGAUGUCGAGCGAUUUGGUCUCAAGGAAGCCUUGAGCGAAUUGAUUGACCAUUGA